UUUGAUAAUGUGUCACAAUUCCAUGGAACGAAUGGAAUAUGUUCUUUGAAUUUUCCUAUGGACUCCGGAAUUUUUGGUCUUGUUCUUCUUCUUCUUCAUCUUCGUCGCCUUAGAGUUUUAGACAUUGGGCAUUUUUUUUUGUAUAUUGAAAAUGGAAUGUCAAUCUCCGGCUCUUGGAAUAUUCUGAGAGUAUAAUUUGAGGUAGUUUUCUGGCUGUGUUUUCUUUGUUUGUUUCCGGAGCAAAUUAGCCAGAAAUGGCUUGUUUGGACUUUGUAAUCCUGAAGGUGAAUGGCGUCGAUGUGAGUGGUUUCAGCCAUGAAGAAGCCAUUAGGGUCUUCCUGACAGCCCAUGAACCCAUCACAGUUGAGGUUAAGAAGAGACUGAGUGGUCAGAGGAAGGCUGAACCAAUGCGAAGUCCCCGGAAAGUGUCUGUUGCUGUUCAAACGGACACCACGGAGGAAGAGGAAGAAGAGGACGAGGAUGAAGAGGAAGAAGAUACCAAUGUCCUGGCUGAAGAUGAAGAGGAACCACUGGAGGAACUUGAAGAGGAUGAUGUUGACAUUGAAGAGGUUACACUGCGAAAGAGUGAAUGUAGUGAACGUAUUGGAUUGACUGUGACGUAUGUAGCACCAGCAAGAUGCUCAACAAUUCCACCUGAUCCCCAUCCCACCGAAGUCUACAUCAGCAAUAUCACACCAGACAGUGUUGCUGCCCGUGAUGGACGCCUCCGGCAAGGUGAUCAGAUACUUCAGGUAAAUGGAUGCGAUGUUAGUGACAAGGAAGAGACUGAAUCACUUUUUGCCGAAAAUCCAAAUGCUGUGACACUUUUGGUGAGUCGAUGUGCUCCAUUUGUUGGAUCACCGGCUGCUACAAUGACCACAGUUACAAGUGAAAUUGAUGCAUUGCGCCUAAUGAGACGCCAAACAGAUGAAGAACACAUCUACGAGACUAUUCCAGAAGAUGAUACUGAUCCAGAACCAAUUUACUGUUCGCCACAUGAUUCAGAAAGUGAUCGUGGUGGAGCUAGAUUGGCAUUUGAGGUGCAAAAGGAUAAGGUGAUCCUUGGUCAAAUAGACAAAUGGCGCUGGUGGCGUCCACCGUCUGGUCAUCACUAUGUCGAAUUGCCGGAGAGUCCGAAGCGUGAGAUGGCAACAUCAGUUAGUGCACAGGAAGUGGCAAAAUGUGCCGCUAGGGUGCGCAAUAGUACAUCAACAGCAACACUUCCGGCAUCUGGGACUAUUUACACAAGUCCAGCCAAUCUUGAGAGUGCCAUAGCACUUCAGGAGCGCCUCUAUCGACGUGCCCUGGAGCGUCAUGAAGUGCCAUCGACGGGGACGGCAACAGUGACAAAUGAUACGCCAAUGGAAUGGAAAGUAAAGAGGCGACACGAUGGUACACGUUAUAUCGUUCGGAGGCCCAUCGAUACUCGUCGUCACAGUCGAACAAGAUGGCGCCGACGCCAUGACAGAGGUCGCACUCCGGAUUCACCGAAGAGACCUCUGGCGGAAACUGUUGGCCUAUUGUCUGUGACAAUUGUUUAGUGAAAAAAAAAGUAAAAGAGGCAAUAAAACAUUUAAAAAGAAAAGAAAACAAAUAGAAAACUAA